UGAAGUACCUGAACGCCUACACCGGGACCGUGCUCCUGCGGUGCCGCAAGGACUCCUACAGACUGCUCUGCUCCGCGCUCCCUUUCGUGAGGCAGCUGGAGAGCCGGAACCAGCGGUACCCCUGCUUCCUCAACACCUUGCACGUCGGAGGUACCAUAAGAACAUGUCAGAAAUUUCUAAUUCAGUAUAAUAGAAGACAGCUGCUGAUGUUGUUGCAAAACUGUACAAAUGAAGAGGAAAGAUGGUGUAUACAGAAGUCCUUGUUGAGCUGUUCCCUUACAGAAGAGCAGUCUCAAAGUGGAGAUGAGGAAGAUGAUGGCACAGAGACAGACUGAACGUUACUUGUUACCAUUCACCUCUGUCCUGUACUUGUGUAAUCAAGAUGUCACCAGUUACCUUCAGUGUUAAACAAAGCAGGGGACAGAAAAAGGAUCUGUUCAUAUUUAGAUUUCAUUCCCCUAUUCCAAAUGUUCAUAAAUAAAUUUUUAAAAAA